AUGGCCGACGCUGACAGCGAUUCGAAUUCGACCGUUGAGCUCCACCGUGACGAUGAUUUGGCCCUUGAGCUAGAGCGCUUUGGGGACCGUAAUAGAGGCGCUAGGGGUCAUUCGAAUACCUCUCUCCUGUCCCAGGAAGUCCACGACUACGGUAGUGUUUGUAUUGACAGCGUCCGGCUACCGUUUCUUGCCGAUUCAAUAAGACAAGAUGCUGUUUACCAUUACGGGUGCAUCAAAGAAUUGCAGUCACCAAAAAACCCUGAUACUGGCAGUGGUAGCGAGAGCUCCGUUAGCGGCUCUAUAGUUCUUGUUGAAUCCUACAAAGAGAUGGAGGCGGAGCGUCUUCGCAGUUUAACAAUAUUUCGGGAUCUAUUGCUGGCCGACCUCACAAGCCUGCUUGACAAGAUCCAGGAGCUAGAAAAUAAGCUUCUAGGAAGGAAAGAACGAUAUCAGAUAGCCAGCAGGAUACAUUGUGGACUAGGUCUUGGGCUUGUGGAGAUUAGAAAGAUUUGCACUAUCUUCACCGCGAUUGGCGUAUACACCUUGUACAUGUUACAUUCUGCGCAUAGGUAUAGAAAGGCCAUGGCCUCUACUUCUAAUAUGAGAAAGGAAAUAGCUAGAUUUGUCCGCAAGGUUGAGAAGAAGCAACUUUUGGUUGAUAAGGAUAUCGAGGGUUUGAAGGGAGCAAAAUGGGAUGAGGUGCCAUGGAAAGAGGUGGAGACUGAGCCCUCGUGGAAAUUGCUGUCGGGCUUAUAA